AUGGACAGAAGACGAGACCGCGACGGCCCUUCCGACCGGCGCCCCCCCCGCGGGCCCCCCCGCGACAGCGACCGCCCGCCCAGAGACCGCGACGCCGACAGAAGCGACCGCGACCGCCGCGACAACCACCGCCGGGACGACAGGGACGACCGCAACAGACGCUACCGCUCGCGGUCUCGCGACAGGCGCGACAGGCCGCGCAACGACCGGGAGCGCGACGGUGGGCGGUCUGGCAGGGGCCACGGGCGCGAAGGGGACCGGAGGCGCGAGCACGAGGAGCGGCCGAGACGGAGAGACGAUGACGAGAGGGCACCGCCCAGGCGGCGGGACGGCGAUGAGCGCGGUAGGAAUUUCCUGAGACGUUUCCUGGGAGUUUCGUGUACUGACGCAACGAUAGAUCACCGCGACAAGGACCGUCGUCGCUCGGCGUCGCCGCGCCGCGGGUCCGCGAGUCCGCCGCCGCCGAGACAAGCUGAGGGACGACAUGCCGAGACGCUGCCGACGCGCGGCAAGCUGGGUGACCGAGGCGGGAAGGAGCCGCAACAGACCAUGUCCUUCAAGGUGGGCGGGGCGCGAGACUCGCCGCGACCGGACAGCGUGCGCAGCAGCGAGCAGCCUGAGGGGGACGCACGCAUCGAUGAAGACGGGGACGAGCGCGAGGAGGGCGAACAGGAAGAGGAUGAUCUCGAGGUUGAGGGGGACGAUGCGAUGGCGGCCAUGAUGGGCUUCGGCGGAUUCGGCACGACAAAGAACAAGAAGAUUGCGGGGAACAACGUUGGAGGUGUACGCAAGGAGAAGAAGAGCGAGUACAGGCAGUACAUGAACCGACAGGGCGGCUUCAACAGGCCAUUGAGUCCAGGAAGAUAG